UGUCAUCCUAAUCAGUUUUUCAAAGGCGGGACGCAAAAAGAGAAGCCCAAACAACCGUAGAAGCAUCCCUCAGCUUUUGGAGAAGGAAUCUGUAGAAAUGGAGCAAACUGAGGUCCUUCCUUACAACGGAUUCGCUGAUGCCAUCGUAACCAGAGAAGACGGGCUCCCCGCUACCAUCUUCGAUAUCCUUCCCACCAAGACCUCAGCAGCAGCUCCUGCUUUCGAUCCUGAAUCAUUCAAUGUUGAUGCUGUUAUCGACCAAAAUGAGAGCGUUGUCAGUUCUGGUAAGGUUGAGUGGAGAGAUGUUUACGCUCGAGGAUUUACUCCUUGCGGAAGGACCGAUGGAAGACGACCCAGGAUUCUUGAAAUUGUGACUGGAAACACUACAGUCACAUCCUUCGCCACAGUGCUUACUACAUCAAUAGUACCUACCACUGUCACAUUCAGUGUCACCCUCACAUGUACAACGGCUGGAUUUACUUUUGGAGUGCCCGCCUGUUAAUAGAUCUACAGUACAGUACUAGACAUGUACACCUGCAGUACACUACUAGAUAUGUACACAGUAAAGAAGAAUCUCAAAAUAUUCAAGUAUCAACAUAUAUUGUAUCAAUGGUUAUAUGUUUAAUAAAUAUAGAUUUCGGGAGAAAAGUAAA